AUGUCAGCAGCAGACAUUGUUAAAAACGAAAAAGAUCCAAGCCUUGUCGCAUAUUUAAAAUCACUUGGAAUUGACCCAGAUUAUGUUCCACCAAAGGAUGAUCCAAGAAGAGUUGUUAUUAGUGAAUUUGCAGUAUUAUUUAAAGAACAUGAUCCAGUUAUUCUUAAAUUAAAUACUGAAGAGGAUAUGGAAAAAGCUAAAAAAACACCAAUUAUUAUUAAAGAAGGAGCUGAAUUCAAAAUGCGUGUUACAUUCCGUGUCCAACAUCAACCUGUUCUUGGAUUAAGAAUUUUGAAUACUGUUUCUAAACUUGGUAAACAAGUUGCAUCUGAUGAAGAAAUGUUAGGUUCAUAUCCACCAAAGAAUGAGUUUAAUGCAUUAGAAUUACCAAAGAAUGAUUGGAAUGAAGCACCAACUGGAAUGCUUGCUAGAGGUGAAUAUAAGUCUAAUGUUAAAUUCUAUGAUGAUGAUAAAGUUACUCAUCUUCAAUUCGAUUAUUUGAUUAAAAUCGCCAAGGAUUGGGAUUAA